AUGGCAGGGGCUGGGACUGGAUGGGCUUUAAGGUCCUUUCCAACCCAAACCAGUCUGGGAUUCCAUUUAUUAGAAUUCUAUUUAUUAGAAUUAUUAGUAACGACCAGGGCUCAGACACCAGCUCCAGUGAGCCCUGACUCUGCACCCUCAAAUCCAGGGCAUUUUCACAGGAGUGCAGCUGUUAAACAUCUGUCCAGCAAAGAACAUCUGCAGCUCUCAUGCUGUAGGAAUCCCCUUGUGCCUGGCUCCCUGUGUCAGACAGCGUGGGCUGGAUUCCCUGCCCUGUGUCCCAGGCAGCUCCCAAGGACUGCAUUCCCCAGGUACCUCACACAGGCUGCAUUCCCUGCCCAGGUACCUCACACAGGCUGCAUUCCCUGCUCUGUGCCCCAGGUACCUCACACAGGCUGCAUUCCCUGCUCUGUGCCCCAGGUAUCUCACACAGGCUGCAUUCCCUGCUCAGGUACCUCUCACAGGCUGCAUUCCCUGCCCCAUGUCCCAGGUACCUCACACAGGCUGCAUUCCCUGCCCCAUGUCCCAGGUACCUCACACAGGCUGCAUUCCCUGCCCUGUGUCCCAGGUACAGGCUGCAUUCCCUGCCCUGUGUCCCAGGUAUCUCACACAGGCUGCAUUCCCUGCCCACGUACCUCUCACAGGCUGCAUUCCCUGUCCUGUGUCCCAGGUACAGGCUGCAUUCCCUGCCCCAUGUCCCAGGUAUCUCACAAAGACUGCAUUCCCUGCCCUGUGUCCCAGGUACCUCACACAGGCUGCAUUCCCUGCCCUGUGUCCCAGGUAUCUCACACAGGCUGCAUUCCCUGCCCCAUGUCCCAGGCCUCUCACACAGGCUGCAUUCCUUGCCCUGUAUCCCAGGUACAGAUGGCAUUCCCUGCCCUGUGUCCCAGGUAUCUCACACAGGCUGCAUUCCCUGCCCUGUAUCCCAGGUACAGAUGGCAUUCCCUGCCCUGUGUCCCAGGCCCCUCACACAGGCUGCAUUCCUUGCCCUGUAUCCCAGGUACCUCACACAGGCUGCAUUCCCUGCCCUGUAUCCCAGGUACAGGCUGCAUUCCCUGCCCUGUAUCCCAGGCCCCUCACACAGGCUGCACUCCCAGCAGCAGCCAGUAA